AUGUCAGAAGCGACCAGGUGGCUGGCAGAAGCGGCGCAGAAGGCGCUGUCGAUGGACGCGGACAGAGCGAGGGCCGUGGCGGAGUGCGUGCAGGGCUUGAAGGACGAGAGAGACGUGGUCGAGAGCUUAGAGGUGCGCGGGGUGUCGUGCGAGAGGGAGGGAGAGGGCAGGAAGUGCGGUCACUGCGGUGGCGAGGUGAGGAGGAGUGGCGAGGUCGAGGGCGCGAGGGACGACGCGAAGUUGAAGAGGGCGAGGGGCGAUUUGAGGAGGUUGUUGCAGUACGACAGAGAGGCGGCGGAGAGGAUGUUGGUCUACGACGACCAGAGUGAUUACUUCGACAUGUCCAGCGGUUGGUUGACCAAGAGCGAGAGGAGGGCGAUUCAGGAGAGCGAGCUCGGACUCGGCCGAGAGAGCACUCGAGUGCGAGAAAACAUAGAGAGGGGCGAGGAGGCCUUUAAAGCGGAGUCCCGGAGGUUUUUGCAAGGCAGUUCGGAUGCGCGCCACAAGGUAAAGUUGAUGCCAAGACCCGUUGAGGCGGAGCCCCCGCGGAUCGACGCGCCUUGGAAUCGCCCGAUUCACCUCGACUGCGACGAUACGACGACGACCUCGCGGACCUGGACUUCGACCAGCUCGAAUCCGACGCACCCGAGGGGCCUCCCGCACCCCUGCACCGCAUAG